AGGGAAGCCGGGGGGAGGCAGGGAGAGGCCAGCCGUAAAGUGAAUCCACCGCAGCUGUCCUAGGUCUCCUGCUAUCCCAAAGCCAAGGUUGUUCCCAGAAGCAGUGCUGUGAUCCGAUACCCUGCCCCGCUCCUCUCCACGUCCAUCCAACGAUGCAGAAGAGUUUGGUCUGCUCAAGGACACCCCUCCCGGGCAGCAGAGAUUAAAAGGAGAGAAGGACCAGCUGGUAUCUCACUUUGGGGAGCUCCAGAAUGAGCCAGAUGACAAACGGAGCGGCGUGCCGGGCCUGCGAGCUGCUGCACGAGUAAUAGGCUGAAGAUCACACUGCCUGUGGCCCACAAUCCGGUUCCCCGCUGCCUGUGUCCCUUCGUGCCAGGAUCUGCUGCGCCGCUGGGCCAUGGAGGAGCGGGUGCAGGAGGAGAUGCCGUCAACCCAGCGCACAGGAGGCCACCACCCCGUGAGGGAAGGAGAGGUGCUCAACACACGAUACCAGGCUCUGCGCAAGCUGGGCUGUGGCGCCUUUGCCACCGUCUGGCUGUGCCAGGACAUGAGGAGGAAGAAACACGUAGCUGUGAAAGUCCUGAGAAGCAGGGAGAGCUUUGCUGAGGCUGCCCAGGAUGAGGUCGCUCUCCUGCGCUGUGUGAGCAGUAUGAAGAAGAAGGACCAGGCAGGAGAAAAUAUUGUCUGUUUGCUAGACGACUUCAGAAUGAUUGGAGAGAACGGCUUCCAUGCAUGCUUGGUAUUUGAGGCGCUGGGUCCUUCCCUGAGAUGUCUGAUGGGUAACUACACUGCCCAGGGACUGCCUCUGCCUUUUGUGAAGAAGUCUUUGCAGCAGGUGCUGGCAGGGCUGCACUUCCUGCACAAGCGCUGCCGCAUCAUCCACGCCGACAUCAAACCGGAGAACGUCUUGCUGUACGGACGUGACAAAAGCCUCCAAAGGCUUCUGCCCGAUGCGUUCGACUGCGGCCAGAGAACAGAUUUGAGGCUAAAGGGACCAGGUGGUGAUCUUGGCAAUCGAUUGGAAGAAUGUGAUUUAAUGAGCAUAGAAGUGAAAAUUGCAGACCUGGGCAGUGCGUGCUGGACAUACAAGCCUUUUUCCAAGGAGAUACAGACCCAGCCAUACCGUGCUCUGGAGGUGCUGCUUGGAUUAGACUAUGGCACUCCUGCAGAUAUCUGGAGCACCGGCUGCCUGGCAUUUGAAAUGGCAACUGGGGAGUGUCUAUUUGAUCCUCAACCUGGGAAAUAUUUCUCCAGAGAUGAUGAUCAUGUUGCUCGUAUUAUUGAACUCCUGGGAAGAAUUCCUCCUCAAAUUGCUCUCUCCUGGAACAAGUCAACAAAAUUCUUCAGCAGGCCAGGUGCUCUUCUGCGGAUCUCCAGGCUUUCCCCCCGCAGCCUCCACAGCAUCCUGGCGGAGAGACACAAGUGGACAAAAGACGAGGUUACUCCCUUCCCCGCCUUCCUGCUGCCCGCGCUGCAGUACUCGCCCCAGCGCCGCGCCACAGCCGCCCAGUGCCUGCAGCACGCCUGGCUCAGCGCCCCGUGACCGGCCCCGCGGGGAGAGGAGGGGGGAGGAGAAACCGACGACCCGGAGCUCCCCCGGGCCCCGCCGCAGCCACCGGGACCGCCCUCCCGGGUGUCGGCGGCCCCGGGCCGGCUGCCAUGGCGGCGGCGGCGGCGGGGGGGGCUGCGGGCGCUGCGCACAAGAUGGCGGCGGGGCCGGGCCGCCCCUCAGGCGUCGGCGGCUUCUCGGGCCUCCCGAGCGACCCCCGGAGCCGCCUCCAGCCGGAUUCCGCGGCUCCUCCCGCGCUCGGGCUCCGUUCGCCUUCCUUAAAAACGUCCCUUUAGUUCGUCUAGUCCGCACGCGGCGUUAAUUGGAAGCAGUAAUUAACGUCCUACG